GCAGGCCUGUGGCAUGACGAAGCAAAAGCGUCGGACUCAUUCCGGGUUUUCCCCUCAUAUUUGACUAAAUAGUCACCCUACUAGUUGAAAACAUUUGAUCUAGAAACAUGAGGAAUUUGGGUCGUGGUUUCAUCGUUUUGGCCAUUUUUAUGGCUUAUGGAGUAAAUCAAAGCAGUGGAUUCAUCGACAAAAUCAUUAAAUUUGUUGACAAGACUUUGGUGAAAUUUGAUCGUGAAGUUAUAAGACGAGGAAUCAAGGAACCAUUGGAGACACUCGGAAAAGAGAUCAUUGAAAAGCCUAUCAGAUCAAUCCUUGAAGUUAUUGGAGUCAAAAAGGUUCGUAAGACUUACAGGGAAUUUAAACAAGAAGUGGAACAUGCAAGAGUUGUAGUCACCGAGGAUUCGUAUCGUGUAGAGAAAGUAACACCAUGUCAUCACGGACACCAUGACAUCGUGAAGGCUGAACAACCUGUUGAAUUUCAUUUUGAAGAUAAAGUAGUUGUUGUACAAGACAGAUACUGCAGGAAAUGUGGACAACACUUUUUCACUGAACCAAGAGAUGAACUGUGAUGUCAUGUAGUUUAACAAUUCAUAAGGCAGUAACGGCAAUGAUUUACAGGUGUCCUUAAUGUCCUUAAUGUCCAUAAUGUAGAGAUUUUUUUGUAGUACACUGUUUUUUUUUAAUAUAAAAGAGGUGGUGUAAUAUAUUUGGUUGUUUAUAAUAAAAAGGUGUUCGUUAUAUAAUUUUGCAAUAAAAACCAAGCCGAAAGAUGAACUUUAAUAUCGCGAACAAAUCGUCAAAGAGAACAAAUCGUUCUAUAGUAUGUUGCUGAAGCCGUAUGGGUCUUUAACUUUUUAAGUACUUUAGACAAUAUUUUUCAUGUAACACACAAUAAAGUUCUAUUCCUUACUUCA